AUGGAUCGGACAAACCACACAGCUGCGACAGAGUAUAUCCUCCUGGGACUCCAGGACCACCACAGCCUAGAGAUAGCUCUGUUUGUGCUCUGUCUAGGCAUCUACUGUAUAACUCUGUUAGGAAACGCCUUCCUUGUGGGGCUGAUUGUGAUGGACCCCCACCUGCACAGCCCCAUGUACUUCUUUAUCAGCAACCUCUCUCUCAUAGACAUCUGCGGUACCUCUUCCUUCACACCUAUGAUGCUCCUCAACUUCCUGGAUGUCCAAAGGACCAUCUCCUUCCCCAGCUGUGCCCUGCAGAUGUACUUGACCCUGGCACUAGGUACUACGGAGUGCCUGCUUCUGGUUGUGAUGGCAUACGACCGGUACGUGGCUAUCUGCCAGCCACUCCGCUACUUGGAGCUCAUGAACGGGCAGCUGUGCACACAGAUGGCAGCAACAAUCUGGGGGACAGGCUUUGCCAACUCACUCCUGCACUCCAUCCUUGCCUGGCGCCUCCCCUUCUGUGGUCAUCACAUCAUCAACCAUUUCUUCUGUGAGAUCUUGGCAGUGCUGAAACUGGCCUGUGGGGACAUUUCCCUCAACGCACUGCUAUUAAUGGUGGCCACGGUUGUCCUGACAGUGACUCCUCUCCUGCUCAUAUGCCUGUCGUACAUUUUCAUCCUGACUGCCAUCCUGAGGAUCCCCUCUGCUACAGGCCGGAGCAAGGCCUUCUCCACCUGCUCUGCCCACCUCACGGUGGUGGUGAUUUUCUACGGAACCAUCUCCUUCAUGUACUUCAAGCCCAAAGACCAAGACCCCAGUGUGGGUAAGAUUAUCACGUUACUCUAUGCAAUUGUGGCGCCCUCACUGAACGCCUUCAUCUACAGUCUGAGGAACACAGAGGUGAGGGCUGCUGUCACAGCCCUGGUGUGGGGAGGACUCCUCACCAGGAAAACGUCCCACUUUUAA